AUGGGAACCCAGGCUCCAACCAGCGGAGCGGGAGCGGAUCAUUGGACGGCAGAGGCGUACAGCGCAUCCGCCGCUUUCGUGCCCCGCUUGACUCAAAAGAUAUUACAUUAUCUUGACCCGCAACCGACGGACCGGGUGCUAGAUAUUGGCUGCGGAGAUGGAAAGUUCACUGCCAACUUUGUGGAUCGAGUGGAGUACGUGUUGGGUUUGGAUGCUUCAAAGGGGAUGAUCGAGGCAGCGAAGAGGGAUUUUGCGAGGGGGAAUGCGGAGUAUAGGACGGUUGAUUGUCGGUAUCUAGAUCAAGAGCUGCAGGGGGGAAGUGUUGCGAGCGCAACGUGGGACAAAGUAGAUCCUACCACCCGCGUUGCGGUGCUGCAGGCCAUCCAUGGGUGUCUGAAACCGAACGGGUCAUUUAUCUUUGAAAUGGGAGGGCACGGGAAUGUUCCUGAAGUCCAUGCUGCGAUCAUCGCAGCUCUUGUGCACCAGGGCGUGAAAAUCGAGGCAGCUCGGCAAGUGAUGCCGUGGUUUUUCCCAUCAGAGACCUGGAUGAGAAAGACGCUUGAAGGUAUUGGCUUCAGAGUGGAGAGGCUGGAGAUGGAAUAUCGGCCUACCAAGUUGACGACUGAUGAGAAGGGAGGGAUCGAAGGGUGGGUGCGGUUGAUGGGCGCGUCACCGCUGGAGGCGUUAGAUGAAGGAAAGAGGGAGGAUGCAGUUAGAGAGCCGAUUUACACCUCAUCAAAGAACCAUAUUUAA